AUGCCUAAAGUCGUUCUAAUUCUGUCCGUCUCAAGGCCGUUUUCAUCUUGGUACAUCACUUAUCUUCCAAACUACAUCCUGUACCUCAAUUUAAACAGAGCUUUAAUAACAGUUACAAUUCAGCUAGGAGGAAUUAAUUCCAUUUAUUACACUGGACAUCAGCUGGUCCCAGUUGAGGGUGAAAGGGCACUUGUAUGCAUGGGCACGCUGCAGGCCGUGAGGCCGCGGCCGCCAUUACCCGCCGCAUGCCCGCCAUGGCCUCAGGCCGCCUUCCCCUCAUGGCUCCUUCCCCUCCUCACACCGGCCCCGUCUCGUCCUGCAGGGAAGUGCCGAGGCCUCCGCACCGCUCGGAAGCUGCGCAGCCACCGCCGGGACCAGAAGUGGCACGACAAGCAGUACAAGAAGGCGCACUUGGGCACGGCGCUGAAGGCCAACCCCUUCGGGGGCGCUUCCCACGCCAAGGGCAUCGUCCUGGAGAAAGUGGGGGUGGAAGCCAAGCAGCCCAACUCUGCCAUCAGGAAAUGUGUCAGGGUGCAGCUCAUUAAGAACGGCAAAAAAAUCACAGCUUUUGUCCCCAACGAUGGCUGCCUGAACUUCAUCGAGGAGAACGACGAGGUGCUGGUGGCCGGCUUUGGGCGCAAGGGCCACGCCGUGGGGGACAUCCCAGGCGUGCGCUUCAAGGUGGUCAAGGUGGCCAACGUGUCCCUGCUGGCCCUCUACAAGGGCAAGAAGGAGAGACCCAGGUCGUAAAUCGUCACCACUCUGACAAGAACAACAAUAAAAUACUUUUAAAGGA